AUGAAACGAAGUGCAGCUACAGCAGAACUAAAAACCAAGACCAUAAGUCCCAAAAAGUCACGGUCGUCGAAGGCCUCGCCAGAACCUGGAGAUAAAUUGCCCGAGUAUCAUGAGACGCCAUCGCGGAGGGAUAAGGAUGGCGAGAUAAUAUGGCCGGCGCCGAAUGAGCAAAUGCAAGCUGCACGAGAAUUCAUUCGUGAAUGUGUCGCAGCUUCUAAGCCAACUCUGAUCAUCCCUGAUAAAGAUGCCGACGGCCUCAGUUCCGGUGCCAUUCUGAGGAAAACAUUGAUAUUACUCGGUCUCGAUCCGAAGUUAAUAUCAGCUUACGUACUGAAAAAGGGCCGCAAUGUUCAUGAUGAAGAAUCGCGCAAGGAUAUGGCCUCAUAUAAGCCAUCAUUCAUUUUUGUCCUUGAUCAGGGCUCCCGAGAAUCACCGCCUCUUAUUGAUGAACCUCACCGAGCCUUGGUGAUCGAUCAUCACCAUGCCGAAGAGAAGGAUCACCCCAAGGACGCCGUUUUCGUUACUGCAUGCGACAGUCCGCCUGUGGCUACCAGCGCGUUGCUCACAUAUGAGAUAUGUCGCGACUUGCACCCAGGCGUUGAAGAGGCUUGCGGCUGGUUAUGUGCUAUGGGCGUCCACGGCGAUCUUGGCAAUACUAUCAAGUGGGAACCGCCUUUUCCAGAUAUGAAAGUCAUGUUCAAGAAAUAUACCAAAAAGGCCAUCAACGGCGCCGUAUCUCUCAUCAACGCUCCUCGUCGAACGGCGGCCUACAAUGUCCCUCUUGCGUGGGAAACGAUGGAAGCUGCUGAAGCACCUGCAGAUAUCCUCGAGAAUAAGAAAUUACAAGCAGCCAGAGAUGAAGUCAACGCGGACGUUUUGGCUCAUGCUCGUACACCACCCAAGUUCUCAGCCGAUGGGCGAAUCGCAGUAUUUCGCAUCAACUCCCCAGCCCAAGUUCACCCAGUGAUUGCGACACGCUGGGCUGGCCAUUUGAGUUCAGCUAAACUCGAGGUCGUACUGGUAGCCAACCAGGGUUAUCAGCCAGGCAUGGUCAACUUUUCGUGUCGCAUCCCGAAAUGCGCCAGGGGCAGAGAUCCGCCUGUCAACAUUAUCGAAAUCCUUCGUGAAAAAGCAUCAUUGGCGAAAGAUCCAACAUUACGAGAGCGGUUAGGAGAGUCUUUUGCACGAGGUCAUAAAGAGGCCAGUGGCGGUAUAGUUCCGACGGCUGAGUUUGAAGAAUUUAUUGAGAUACUGGAAGUUGGACAAAAACCCGCUGAACCACCAAAGCAAACGAAGCCGAAGCAAAAGAAUAACCUCCUGAAUUAUUUCGGCAAAGAACAAGACAAGGCCCCUGCAGGGAGCGUGAGAAGCUAG